CCUGAAAAAAUAGGUUAAAGUUUGGUUAUUUACUUCAAACAAGGUCUGGCUUUUGCUAAUUUCUCAUUUCUCGUGUGUUUUUCUCUACUUGUAUGUGUGCUCUGUCGCACAGACAGUUAUCAUUUGUAUCAUUGAACUCUACAGACUGUUAAUGUCUAUGUCUGUGACUCUGUGAGGUUUCCCUCUUUAUUAAUUAUUGUUGGGUUCAUGUCCUUGAUAUUGUGGGUUGGCUUUAUUAACGAGCCAUGACUUUAUUUAGUUUUAGAUUUGAUCAAAUUUGAGUUUAAUGUGUUUUAAAUUUGAUUGUUUCUGGGUCUAAUUGGUCUCAGGUCUUAUAGGAUAUGUUUCUAAUCAGUUCCGACUUCCGAUUUAAUUUGAUUUGGAUAUUGAAUCGGGUGGGAAUACAUUCCGUUUGGUUUUGGUUCAGUUUGGGUCAUUUUGGGUGUUCGGUUAUAAAUCAGUUCUUCAGUUUUCGGGACAUUCCGGAUUUGCUUCCGGGUCAUUCGGUUCUGGUGAUCUGUUCCUGAUCUCUUUUGUCAGGCCUAGCUAUGCCUCGGCAUGGCCAGGCAGGGUUUUAAACGUUUAAUCCUAAGAGUGGUAUACGUCGUCACGCUACUCUCUAUGUUGUGGUGUUAGCUUUUGCAAGUAUAGAGCAUUUAGCCAUUUGAAUUCCCCUCAUUUCAUGAUCUCAGAAGCUGUUUGUUGAUAGGAAAACAUUACCCAAGAGCAAGCUCCUUUAAAAUAAAUCUUAGUGAUAGGCAUCAACUAAGAAAAAUUGGCUUCCUACUCACGUUCUUGAAUCUUGGUUGUUUUGAUAUACAACAUUAUUUCCUGCUCGUUAUCUGCCAAGAAUUUUACAUUGUUUGAUUCUUUUUAAUAUUUUUAGUUAUGGGUAUUGCUUCUCUUUUUCUUUGCCAACAUCAGGGAAGUCGCGAGUCUCUUCCUCAACUCAUUCUUUUUUUUUUUUUGCUGGCUAACUAAUUAGCAAGUUGAUUAAAUUUUAGAUGUUUGAUCACCCUGGGGACACAAGUGGCUGUUCUUGCGGUGGGCUUUUUCACUGGGAUAAGCCACCUGCGGAUAAGUUAUUAUUCAGAAACAAUUCUGAAUUUGCCAUGAAGAGUUGCUGCGAACUCUGCAAAAAGGAUCUGAGGUUGGUCAGUGUUGACAAGUUGAGUUUGAUCCCAAGCUUUCAUCAAUUCAAUUACUUGACUUUUACAGUGGUCGACGAGCUUUCCAAUGAACACAUAACUUUCCAAGCUGCGAUUCUUGAGAUGGUAGCCGAGGACCAAUUCCUGCUAGGUUUACUUAGAGAUGUCUCACAUGAUCAGGUGGUUGCUGUCAUUCAAAUCGAAGAAGGAUCUGGGGAGCGUGGAGUUUCUUCUUCACCGUUUGAGAAUCCUGGUAGCCAAAUAUGUAAUGUGGCUGGCUUAUCUGAAGCUUGCUCUCCUGAAUCUCUACAAGAAUGAAAUCCUUUGAACUAGGGGCGGACCUAGGGGGUCCAGUGGUGUCAACUUUGACACCACUGAAUUUUUUAAAGAACAGUUUUAGGUAUUGACAACAAUUUUUUAAGAACAGUUUUAGGUAUUGACAACAAUUUUUUUAUAUAAUUAGUAAUAAUACUUUCUAGUUUCU